AUGGCUUCGCUACAAGAAGCGUCUGUACAUUUUAUGAAUAUCUUCAGUAAGAGGACAAUAUACGAAAAAAUAAUAUUGUGUCUUCAGAUAGAGGAUGUAGCAAUGAGUUGGCUGAAGAAAUCCAAGGCGCCUGCUGCAGAGGCUAGCCCUCCCCCGGGGUUACCCAAUGGUCGUCCCCGGAGCGAGACUGACCCUGAGACGUGCCUUGAAGUGUUUAAAUCUCACUGGCAUCAGGCGAUUGUUAUCAUUCGGGAUAUCAAUAAUAGCCCAAACCCAGCAAAAAGUAAAGCCCCUGCCCAGGGAGUCAAAUCCGAUGAUGUAGACGCAGUUAUUAAUUACAUAGACCAGAUGGUCCUCCUGUUAAUCCGUGAAGCUAAAGAGGAGGACGGCUCCCAAGGAUUAAUGCUGGAUUAUUUACUAACCAAUGGCAUCUUAGAUCUCCUUUUUGAUUGGAGCGAAAAACAGAAGGAAUUUCGACUUAAACUUUUCACGCAUCAAUUGAAGGUCUAUGAGAUGUUGAUCAGUCAAGCCCAGCAAAGUCUAUUAGUGCAUAAACCUUUGAUUAAACCUAUGAUGCGAUUGAUAAGUCAAUGUGCCGAUCAUCCUGGUACUAUCGAACAUCAUCUAGUUUUACUUCUCCACCAAUUGUGUAUUAACCUUAGUAAUGAUGCGAGUCUCUUAGAGAUUUUCUUCAGUGCAAGUGCGGACCAUGGUCAAACAAAAUUUCUGAUUUUUUCUGCGCUGAUACCCUUUGUCCAUCGAGAAGGCACCGUGGGUCAGUCCGCACGUGAUGCUCUACUGUUGAUCAUGGUUUUAACGAACAAACAUGAGAGUAUUGGGAACUACAUCGCUGACAACUCCGACUUCUGCCCGGUAUUGGCUACUGGACUCAGCGCUCUCUAUUCCUCCUUGCCUUAUAAACUUGAGAUCAGGUUUGAAGAUUGGAGUCGUCUAGAGGAAGAAGAUUGGAAGAGAGUUCCUUCUCUCGUUAUGUUUCUUAAUUCGUUAGAGUUCUGUAAUGCAGUAGUCCAGGUUGCCAGUCCUUGUGUACGAGAUCAGCUCAUUAAAUUUAUCUACCAUGGCUUUCUGAAGCCAGUCAUUGGUCCAGCCCUCCACCAAAAUGCUAUGGAUGAGGUGGUUGCCGCCACUGCGUAUCUGGAAUUGUUUCUUCGCAAGAUCACUGAACCUGCACUCAUGCACAUAUUUCUCAAGUUCAUCUGUACUGCCAGUUGCGAUGAGAUCAUCAUCCUGGAGUCUUUGAUAACACGUAUUAAUAGCAAUACUAGGCUCUGCCUGGUGUCUCUCGCUUUGUUCACGACACUAGUUGACCUGAAAUGUGAAGACGUCAUGUACCAGUUAGUGUUCAAAUAUUUGAUACCGUGCACACAUGUAAUGGUCAGUCAGAGGCGCUCAGUAAAGGAUGUUGAUCUCUAUGGGAAAGCUGCAGACAAGUUGCUAUCUCUAAGACCAGCUUGUAGCAUACCUGAUGACAGUAUACCUGGAACACCUGACUCAGAAAACUCCAGAAGUUCAUCCCCUGAUAACUCCACUGCAUUUCCAAAGGGCUCAAUUGGGAGUAAACUGGACCAUUAUGAGACAAGUUAUAGCGAAUAUCUCCAUGAUGCUAGGAAUAGAGUCGUCAAAACGGCACAUUCAUGUCAGUGUUGGAGCGCCCCCUAUGAUGGUGAAACUCCAAGUCCCGAUAGUUUGAUAGCUGAACGUUCACCGAGUCCAGGGUUGAAUAGCUCGCUAAAUAUUUCGGGGGUGUCAUCCAUAUUGGAAGAUUCAGUGUUAAGUGAAGCUGCCACUAGAGGGAGCACUGAAGAAUCUCCAAGAACUUCAGGGUCAUGUGACACAUCCACUGUCGGCCAUCUUGAAAUUCAAAAUGGAGGUAGUAAGCAAAUCCAAGAUAAAAGUGGUCAAAAUUUGAAUGCAGUAAAACAACACAGUGAUAAUAACAACACAGAGACUGUCAUUAAACUUCAGAACAAAUCUGAACUGGAUGACGAAACAAGAAAUCUCAUUGAAGAACAUUCAGGAACUGAUACAGGAGAAGGAGCAUUCUCCCAAGAGGAAUCCGACCCUCAGGAAUUCAAUAAUUUUUUGUUAACAUUAAAACGAGCAAAAACACCUGAUAAUAUCUGUGAUACAAUCGAAGAAAGCCUCAGUGACUUCGAGGAACUUCUCGAUAAAUAUAAAUAUAUUGAAACGACGAGAAAACACAAAUCAAAAUCAUCAGGAUUAGAACCUAGUGAGAAAAUUCAAAAAGUAGAGACUAAUAUUACGACAAAACCAAGGUCAAACUUGACUGAUGAAGACCUUAAAAAAGAAAGUGCCAAAUCGGAAGGUCAGUCAGGGGACUUGUCAUCAGGUUUAGGCCCAAUGGACCUGUCAAUGUUUGACUCAUCUAUAAGUGCUUCUACAGCUCUCAACUCAAUACCAAAACAGGUUUCAUCCAACUCAAAGGAACCUGUCGUUACCAGUGCCUUGCCCCUACCCCCCAGCCUACUCUUCCCAAGGGUGGAAGGCCUACAGAGGCCUGACAGUAGACGUAGCAUACAGCAUCCCGUCUACACACCUACCAAGUACAAUAUUGGUACCCCAAAUAUAGGCCCAUUUCUGACUGUGCUACUGAACAAGCUGGAAGGGAUGCAACAGAACACACUCUACGUGAACUUCCUACUGACUGGCCUUUUGACAAGGCUCUCCUGCUACCCCCAACCAUUACUAAGGUCGUUCCUCCUCAAUCACAGUCUCGUCUUCCAGCCGACUGUAAAGUCAUUAUUUCAGGUGUUGGGUUCAGUGAAACACAAAGUUGACUGCUACUCGUACACAGUUGAUAACUUUGACCAGAUGCUUCUAAAGGCUUAG